CCUGUUUGGUCCCUAGCAACGUAGAUAUCAAUAUCAGUUACCUUAACCUCACUGAACUUUACUCUUAUCUAGUGAGAAGAAGGGAAGUAAAGGGAAUACAGGGGGAUGGCAAAAAGGUACUGCUACAAGGAUUUGCUUCCUUUUGGGGCUAUGGUGACCAUGGAAUGCACCAACGUUGCCUUGAAUACUCUGUUCAAAGCAGCUACCUUGAAAGGGAUGAGCUACCAUGUCUUUGUUGUUUAUGCUUAUACUGUUGCUGCUGUGGUACUCCUUCCUGCACCCUUUAUCUCAAGAAGAUCAAGAGUGCUUCCUCCUCUCACUUUCCCCAUACUAUGCAAAAUUGGUCUUCUUGGGCUAAUAGGGUGUUCAUCUCAGAUCAUGGGCUACACAGGCAUCAGUUUCAGUUCUCCCACUCUCGCCUCAGCGAUCAGCAACUUGGUGCCAGCUUUUACCUUCUUGCUUGCCAUCAUUUUCAGUAUGGAAAAGGUGGUUGUAAGAAGUGCAAGUAGUCAAGCCAAGGUCUUGGGUACCGUAGUAUCAAUAUCAGGAGCAUUUGUAGUGACUCUCUAUAAAGGACCACCAAUCAUCAUUGCUCAUUCACCUUCCUUUUCACUUCAACAAAUUAACACUCUCAAUUCAGUGGAUGGAAAUUGGGCCAUUGGUGGCCUUCUUCUGACUGCUGAGUAUAUACUGGUUCCAUUAUGGUACAUUGUACAGGUGCAAAUCAUGAAGGUGUACCCUGAUGAACUAACUGUGGUCUUCUUUUACAACUUAUGUGUCAGCAUCAUGGCUGCAAUUGUAGGUCUAAUUACAGAGAAAAAUGCAAGUGCUUGGAAAAUUGGACUUGAUACAGCAUUGGUUUCCAUCGUUUGCUCUGGAAUUUUUGGGUCAUUCUUGAACAAUGCAGUUCACACAUGGGUGCUACGUAUAAAAGGGCCUGUCUAUGUUGCAAUGUUCAAGCCACUCUCAAUUGCCAUAGCUGUUGCCUUGGGAGUCAUUUUCCUUGGUGAUACUCUGAACCUUGGGAGUCUAAUAGGAGCUACAAUAAUAUCGAUUGGGUUUUAUACUGUAAUGUGGGGUAAAGCAACAGAAGAGGCGGAUGAAGAUGUCCCUGGCCAGGAAUCACCAACUACAGAGAAUGUUCCUCUCUUGCAAAGCUAUCAAACGGAUAGAGCUGAAAACAAAAUGCAUGGAAGUGUAUAAAAGACGAACAGAACUGUUCACAACUCCUAACAAUAUAAAAAAUCAGAGAGUACCAGUUUGUUGUCAUAAAAUAGCAAAGAAUACAUUACUAUGAGGAUCAAAAGCAUGCUUUUGUUGUCCCACAAGCUGAACUUGUGAUGCCAACAGCAGCAUAGCUACCCCUCAAGAGGGACACUAAAUAUAAGACUAGUCUCCUUUCACCCUGAAGCAAGGAACUUGAACCAAUCUUUCUACAGAGGAGGGAGCAACCUAUCUGCAAGUUGACUAUAAGACAAAGGAGCAACUUUUCUGUCUCUUGUAAAAUGCCAUCCACAAUAGGUAUUCAAAAGCUUCUGGAAAGAUUCUACCAAAAAUAUGUGUAAUGCCACAAAGUAUGCUUAAUCAGAAGAUCACAAAAGUGCAGUAAGUAAAUUAAGCUAACUGAAAUGAAACGUAAGUUGACA